AUGAUUCAAAAAGAUAUUAUUAAUGCUUGUGCCAAAGAAACAAUCAAAGUUAUCAUUGAAGACUUAGAUGGAAAUUUUUUCGGGAUACUAGUUGAUGAAUCAAAGGAUAUAUCACACAAGGAACAAAUGACAUUUGUUUUGAGAUAUGUUAACAAAGAAGGUGAAGUAAUUGAGAGAUUUGUUGGUAUUAUUCAUGUUAAUGAUACAUCUGCUCAAUCAUUGAAGAAGAAAAUCGACUCUUUUCUUUUGUAUCACUCAUUAAGUUCAUCCCAAAUACGUAGGAAAGAUUAUGAUGGAGCUAGUAACAUGCAAGGAGAGCUACGUGGUCUUAAGACUUUGAUUAUGAAUGAAACUCCAUCGGCUCAUUGCAUUCAUUAUUUUGCCCACCAAUUGCAAUUAACACUUGUGGCUCUUGUAGUGAAGCAUUCAGAUGUGAAUGACUUUUUCUGUAUAGUUACUAAUGUGUUAAAUAUUGUUGGAGCAUCUUUUAAGCGCAGGGAUUUGCUUCGACAAUAUCAAGCUGAAAAAUUAGAGGAGUUGCUCAUAUCAGGUGAAGUGUAUACUGGGCGAGGAUUAAAUCAAGAACGUGGGCUUCAACGACCAGGUGAUACUCGUUGGGGUUUUCAUUAUAGAAUGUUAGAUAACCUCAUUGUCCUGUUUUCAUCAAUUAUUCAUGUUCUUGAAUUUAUUGCUUGUGAGGGUCCAAAUUAUGCUGAUAGACUUGUUGCUGAAAGUCUUAUGACUAAGAUUAAGGAAUUUGAAUUUGUUUUUAUGUUGCACUUGAUGUGA